AUUUUUUCCUUCUACCCAAAACCAACCAAUGGCAAAUCCCUUACUCGUCUCCCUCUUCCCAUCUCUUCUCCUACUUACAGUCACCGCCAUUGUUGCCACCACCACCCACCAUCUUCCUCCUCACUCUAAUCUCAUCGGAUCUUCAUGCAAUGCAACUCUCUAUCCUCACCUUUGCUUCUCAACUCUCCUCUCUGCUUCACCAUCCAACCCCAUUAACACCCCCAAAGAUGUUAUCGACCUCGCCUUGAAUCUCACCAUAACUUCUGUUCAACACAACUUUUUCGCCGUCAAGAAACUCCUUUUCAUCCACUCUCCCACUCUCACCGACCGCGAAAUCACAGCACUUCACGAUUGUCUUGAAAUGGUGGACGAAACUCUUUACGAGCUCCACAAGUCCCAGCAAGAUCUCCACGACUAUCUAACCAUCAAAAAAUCAAUUUCCGAACACGCCGAUGAUCUGAAGACACUACUCAGUGCAGCCAUGACCAACCAACAGACCUGCCUUGAUGGCUUCUCUCAUGACCGUGCGGAUAAAAAGGUAAGAGAGGAGCUAAUCCAGGGACAGAUGCACGUGCAUCACAUGUGCAGCAAUGUUUUGGCUAUGAUCAAGAACUUGACGGAUACGGACAUGGCGAAAGAGAGUAGUAAUUUGAAGAAAAGUAAAAUGGUUAUGGAGGAGGAGAGGGAGAGAAAAUCAGGGUGGCCCCAGUGGUUAUCUGCAGGAGACAGGAAGCUUCUGCAGGCGCCUAUGGUGACGGCAAAUGUGACAGUAGCUGCUGACGGCAGUGGGGACUUCAAGACAGUGUCGGAGGCGGUGGCGGCAGCUCCGGCGAAGAGCAAAAACAGGUAUAUUAUAAGGAUCAAAGCAGGAGUUUACAUAGAAAAUGUAGAUGUAUCCAAGAAGAAGACUAAUCUCAUGUUCGUGGGAGAUGGAAGGACUACUACAAUUAUCACUGGUAGUCGAAAUGUUGUUGAUGGUAGCACAACUUUUCGCUCUGCAACUGUUGCUGUUGUCGGGGAUGGGUUCCUGGCUCGGGACAUAACAUUUGAGAACACGGCGGGACCAUCAAAGCACCAGGCCGUGGCAUUGCGUGUCGGCUCAGAUCUCUCCGCAUUCUACAGAUGCGACAUGCUCGCCUACCAAGACACUCUUUACGUCCACUCACUCCGGCAAUUUUACGUUCAGUGCAUCGUCGCCGGCACCGUCGACUUCAUUUUUGGCAACGCAGCUGCAAUCUUCCAGGACUGCGACAUCCACGCCCGCCGACCAAACCCCGGACAGAGAAACAUGGUCACCGCACAAGGCCGAGACGACCCGAACCAGAACACCGGCAUCGUAAUUCAGAAAUGUAGGAUCGGUGCAACUUCAGAUCUGAAAGCUGCAAAGACGGGCAGUUUCCCCACCUUCUUGGGACGGCCAUGGAAGGAGUUUUCGAGAACUGUUAUCAUGCAAUCUGAGAUUAGUGAUGUGAUUGACCCGGCUGGAUGGUUCGAAUGGAAUGGGAACUUUGCUCUUGAUACGCUGUUCUAUGCGGAGUAUUUGAACAGUGGGCCUGGUGCAGGGACUGAAGGUAGAGUGAAAUGGAAAGGGUUCAAGGUGAUUAGUAAUGCGAGCGAGGUAGAGGGUUUUACUGCUGAGAAUUUUAUUUCAGGUGGCACUUGGUUAGAGUCCACUGGUUUCCCUUUCUCUCUUGGUCUUUAAUUUUAAAUAUCCAUUGAUUUUUCUAGCCUGUUUGUUGAUCAACUACUAAAUAAUUACUGUUGCCAAUAAAUUUGUGAAGUCAAUAUGCCUUACUAGAU